GUAAAAGUAAGCAUCCCCUUUCUUUUGUUUAAUAUAAGAGCACGGCGCAUGAUUGGCAGGGAAGUGCCCGCUCCAGACAGGGCUGCCGCAGGUCCCUGGAGGGGGAUGGCACGCGGGGCCGCCCGGGCUCUGCCGAGAGGGCUGCUCCGCACCCCCGACCCAGCCUCCUCUUCCUCGUCUUCCUCUCCCAACCUUUAUCCUUCGCCGCCGGCCCCCCCGCCGUGCCCGCGCUGCCUCUCGCCUCUGCUGCCCAAUUCUCUUGCCACCUGGAGGAGGCAGCGGCAGUGCUGUACCUGAUGGACAGAAUGACCGAGGAUGCUCUGCGCUUGAACCUGCUGAAGCGCAGCCUGGACCCAACAGAGGAGCGUGACGAUGUCCUGGCCAAGAGACUGAAGAUGGAGGGGCAUGAGGCCAUGGAGCGCCUCAAGAUGCUGGCACUGCUGAAGAGGAAAGACCUCUCAGGCAUCGAGGUGCCCCACGAGCUGCCAGUGAAACAGGACGGGGUGAAAGUCUACGAGGAGAAGCUGAACGGGAGCCUGCGGCCCCACGGGGAGGGUAGGACUGCAGGGAGGCCUGGCAAGGAGAACAUCAAUGAUGAGCCGGUGGACAUGAGUGCCAGGAGGAGUGAGCAGGACAGAGGCCGCCUGACGCCGUCCCCAGAUGUCAUUGUACUGUCCGACAACGAAGCCUCCAGCCCCCGCGCCAGCUCUCGCAUGGAGGAGAGGCUCAAGGCAGCCAACCUGGAGAUGUUCAAGGGGAAAAGCAUCGAGGAACGGCAGCAGCUCAUCAAGCAGCUCCGGGACGAGCUGCGGCUGGAGGAGGCCAGGCUGGUGCUGCUGAAGAAGCUGAGGCAGAGCCAGCUGCAGAAGGAAAAUGUGGUCCAGAAGACUCCAGUGGUCCCAAACGCAGCAUCCAUCGUGCAGCCUUCUCCUGCCCACGUGGGACAGCAGGGACUGUCCAAGCUUCCCUCCAGGCCUGGAGCUCAGGGGGUUGAGCCACAGAACUUAAGAACAUUACAGGGUCACAGCGUCAUCAGGUCUGCCACAAACACGACCCUGCCCCAUAUGCUGAUGUCCCAGCGUGUGAUUGCCCCGAACCCUGCCCAGCUGCAGGGGCAGAGGGUGCCCCCCAAGCCUGGCCUCAUCCGCACCACGACUCCCAGCAUGAAUCCAGCCAUUAGCUACCAGCCGCAAUCCAGCUCAUCUGUCCCGUGCCAGCGUACGUCAUCCUCAGCCAUCUACAUGAACCUUGCCUCCCACAUCCAGCCUGGCGCCGUCAACAGGGUGUCCUCACCCCUGCCCAGCCCCAGCGCCCUGAACGACGCUGCCAACUCGCAGGCAGCUGCCAAGCUGGCGCUGCGCAAGCAGCUGGAGAAGACUCUGCUGGAGAUCCCCCCGCCAAAGCCGCCUGCCCCGCUGCUGCACUUCCUGCCCAGCGCAGCCAACAGCGAAUUCAUCUACAUGGUGGGGCUGGAGGAGGUGGUGCAGAGUGUCAUCGACAGCCAGGGGAAGAGCUGCACAUCCCUGCUGCGCGUGGAGCCCUUUGUCUGCGCCCAGUGCCGCACCGACUUCACCCCACACUGGAAGCAGGAGAAGAGUGGCAAGAUCCUGUGUGAGCAGUGCAUGACCUCCAACCAGAAGAAGGCUCUGAAGGCCGAGCACACCAACAGGCUGAAGAAUGCCUUCGUGAAGGCUCUGCAGCAGGAACAGGAGAUCGAACAGAGGCUACAGCAGCAGGCAGCCCUCUCCCCCACCUCUGCUCCAGCCGUGUCCAGCGUCAGCAAGCAGGAGAACAUCAUGAGGCACCAUACACUGCGGCAGGCUCCCCAGCCACAGAGCACACUGCAGCGUGGCAUCCCCACCUCUGCCCGCUCCAUGCUCUCCAACUUCGCGCAGGCACCGCAGCUCUCAGUGGCAGGAGGGCUCCUGGGCAUGCCAGGUGUGAACAUCGCCUACCUGAACGCGGGCAUGGGGGGCCACAAGGCGUCGAGCCUGGCGGACCGGCAGCGGGAGUACUUGCUGGAUAUGAUCCCCCCCCGCUCCAUAUCUCAGUCCAUCAGCGGGCAGAAAUAGCCCUGCUCGGCCCCCAGCACGCGGUGCCUGCGCUGCUGCCUCCCGCCAGCAGGGGCAGAGGGAAAGACCCAGCAGAGAAAACGGAAACAAAGCGGAAAGUGAGGAAAAAAACAGGAAAGAAACAAACCCACACAAGGAACCAUUUCCAGCCCGGCCUGGCUGUCCCCUCCCCACCACCCCUGCGCCCUGUUUGGUUUUCCGUCACUGCCAGAGGUCACCUCCUUGGCCCCCUCCCAGGUCAGGACAAGGUCUGCUCCAGACCCUCCCCCAGCUUGGUUUUGCCUCUUUUAUUUUGAUGACAAAGUUUAGAUUUUUUUUCACUCGUGUUGUGGUUUUGCUUUGCUCUUUCUCCUCUCUUCCUCCUCUGCUAAAUGGAUGCUUUAACCCCUGGGGGCUUUGCCCUGCAAACCCUUCUUUUUGUUGCCCUUUCCAGAAGACUUUCCACGGGGCAGCCACUUGACUUUUGGUGCCCCUGGUUCUGGUCUCUAAGGGCAGGCCCAGUGCUGACUCAGGGGGACAGUGCGGGCAAGGACCUGCAAUGGGCCACGGCUUGGUGCCACCGGGCCUGGGGCUUGGCCAAAGCAGCUGGGGACACUGAUCCAAACACCCUGGAUGCAACCCCUUGGAUCCCAGAACCUUGAAUCCCAGCACCUUGGAUCCCCACACCUUGGAUCCCAGCACUUUGGUUCUCAACACAUUCGUUUCCAACACUUUGGAUGCAACACCUUGGAUCCACCACCUCAAAGCCACCACCCUGGAUCCAACUCCUUGGCUCCCAACACCUUGGAUCCCAGCAGACUGGAUCUCAGCACCUCGGAUCUCAGCAGCCCAACACCAGAUCCCAACCCCUGUCCUUGACAGGGAGCCAUUGCCCACUGACCAAGUCCAAGAAGCCCCUGGCAUGGGAGUGGCUGCCACAUCAGGACCCCUUUGCAUGGGCUCUGGAGUGGGACCAGCACCGAGCAGGACACCAAGAAGUGGCCAUGGGCAGGGGGUCCCCAGCACCGUCCCCGCCCCGCGCACGCCGAAGCCACAGCAGCCUGGCACUGGCACCACGGACGAUGGCAGGGGGCUGGCGGCAGCGGCGCCCGGUGGGCAGUGAACCCAAAGCAAGGAAGGAGCCGCACAGAGCCGGCCGAGAAAGGCUCAAUUUGCACUUACCCUGCACCCUGACAGGCUCUGCUCUUCCUCCUCCUCCAGCCCCACCCCAGUCGCCCCCAUGCCCCUGUCCUCUUUCCCCUCCCUGGCACCCAGCUCUGCCCAGCCCCAGCUUUGCUGCUCCUGGGCUCUCUUUUGGGUUUUUUGGGGCUUUUAUUGGCCUUUUAGAACAUUUUUUUCACUUUGGGUUUUUUGUGCUUUUCCUGUGCCCUGUUCCCAUUUUGUGCAAUUCUGAGGCUCUCUCUCUUGCCCCUGACUUUGGGUCUCUGGGGCUGGGGUCUCCCUGGAGUACCCCUCACAAUUUUUCCCCCUCCCCAGCUCACUAAGCACUUAACCCCCCGAGGGGCCUGGGCACCCUGACACACCCCCCACGCCCCACACGCCCCCGGGACCCUCCAGAGGCAAAAGGAUUUUCUUUGGGGGUUAAUUUGGGCUUUUUUGGAGGCUCCUGAAGGUAGAGGCAGAUCUAUAGACACAGGUGUAUUUUUUUGUGGGCUUUUUUUAAGGGGAGUCACCUCCAUUAGCUCCCCCCUUCCCUUUUUUUCACACCCCCACCCCCCCCCCCCGGGAGCACCAGGCUCUUCUCAACAACCCCCCACUUGCUUCCCCGGGGGGAGCACUUUGGACCAUUUAUUUCCUGGGUAAACCUUUGGAAUGUUCAGUUUAUUUUGGGGGGCUGUGUUUUUCUAAAGAGUCCACCCCCCCGCCGCUUCGACAUGGUCCGGCCCCCACACGCACGCCAGACAGGCCCUUGCUCAAGUGCCGUCCUCCCCGCCCCGUCGGGUGCUGCCUCGCGGCCACCUGGGCGCCUGGGUCGAGGAAAUUCAGAAUUAAGAGAAAGAAAAAGACAAAAUAACCAAGUGCAAUAUUUCACCCCAAGCCUCUCCCGGGGGGGUACGGAGAGGGAGAGGAGGGGAGAGGGGCAGUCGGUGGAGAUCAAGAUGCCAGCUUCAUGGUGCUAAACCUGGAAUCCACCCCCCGGAGACGAGGGGACCCCCCCGCCCCCCACCUCGGGUCUUCAGUUUGCUUUUUGUUGUUGUUUUAAAUCCCUUUUUUUUUUUCCUGGGGGGGAGUUUGAUGGGGCUAGGAUGGGGCAAAACGCCUCGGCCCUGGGGUCUGCUGGCAGUUCCCCUCCCCCCAACCCUGCCCCAACUCCUCCCCAGCCUCAUUCCAGCCCCCAAACGGUGCCUGGGGGCGGUGGGGGAGUGGGCAGUGAGGCCACCCCCCAGGGCUCCCGGAGGUUGUGACCUGCGCAGCUUUGCUCUUUUUGUUACGAUUCUUCUUUUGGCUUGGCCCCUCCUGCCCCCUCCCCCGGGGUCCUUUUUUCCUUCAUUUUUGGGCUUCCCCCGCCCAAGGUCCAGAAACAAGGAUUUUUCCCUGCUUCUCUCACGGCUAGAGGUAGAUCUGCUCGCGAAGCUUUCUUUGGGGGCCUGGGGUAUGUGUGUGUGGGGGGGGUUCCUCCAAAGCCCCGCUCUGCCCUGCCCUGCCCCCUUUUCUCUCCCCCCGCCUCGUCAUUAAGCUUCCGACCUUGCUGCCGAACGCUAUGCCCAGGACUCCACUUGUACAUAAGCUACUUCCUGACACAUUAAAGAAGAUUUAAAAAAAAGGAGAAAAAAAAAAAAAGAGGAAAAAAAGAAAACGGGGGGGGGGGGGGGGUGUGGAAGAGGAAGAAAAUAAAAGAGGAGGGAAAAGAAAACGAGGAAAAAAUAGGGGGGAAAGAGAGGAAAAAAAGAAGAGGAAAGAAAAAGGAUAAAAAGGAAACAUUUUUUAAAAAGG